AAGAAGAAGAAGAAGAAGAAGGAGGAGGAGGAGGAGGAGAAGAAGAACCCGUCGGUGUUGUUUCUGCUGCAGGCUGAGAGAAGAGAAGACACAUCGAGCAGGAACAACGUCUGCUGGCGCUCAGGCUGCUUCAUCCAGAUCAGUCACCAUGACAACCAAGAAUGGAUUGAUAACUGAUUCAUACAAAGUGGUGAAGAAAGCAAGGAAUGGGGUGAAACGAAAGAAGAGGCCUACUACUCCGCCGCCGCAGAAAGAGCCUGAAACUGACACGGUCCGAGAGGGGGAGCUGCAGAGACUCAGCCAGUUUGAUCUGGACUGGAGAUUUGGGCCAUGCACAGGUAUCAGCAGGCUGCAGAGAUGGGAGAGAGCAAAGCUUCAUGGUCUGAGCCCAUCCGAGGAGAUCAAAGAGCUGCUGCUGCAAACACACACUGACCCCGAGUACAACCUCAGCCUGUGGAGCGGAUAUCCUUUGUGAGGAAGAUGUCGUAAGACAGAGAAAAGAAUGCAGAUUCCAACAAAAGUCAAGUCAAUUAUGUUUCAGCCCAAAUCACAAUUGUGUCUCUCAGUGGGAUCUACUUUUUAUCCUUAAGCCCCGAAACAACUCUGCAAAAAAAGAUGAAAAGAUGUAACAGGGGAAAUUAUUCAAAGAGGAAAGCUCAAUAAAAGCAGAGGGGUCAGAACGACAGCAGAACACCCAGUGUGUGUGUGUUUGUCUUGCAGUUAUACUAUGUUGUCUUCAUGCAAAGUUUGUAUUUACAUCUUUUAUUAAAAAAAAAGAAUUAUACAAAAAAUACUGGCUUCUUCAAUCUUGUGAUGUAUAACGGAGUGUAUUUGACUUCUGAGGAAAUGAAUAUGGUUUGAUAAUAUGCCCCCUCUUGUAUCGCCCAUGUGAUCUACACACUAACAUACAUUUGCUUCGUCUUUUUAUUGCUGACCUAACUUAACACAGUCUCUCUCAACUCCAGGCUCUAUGUGAGGCAGAUAAUAAGUGAGUGAAUGUGUUCUACAAUGCUACCAAUAGAUGGACACAUUGGAAGAGUUCAGCAUUCAUUCAAAGUCAGUUAUUCUAUGUUGGUGGUUAAAGGGAUGGUAAUACGGACGGGAAUAUGGUUAUUGGAACAUAUUCUAAAACAUAUACACGCCCUCGAUUUCUUCAUGGAUCUAGUGUGUCCAGGUCAUUCAGAGUGCAGUUGGAAAAAAAACUACUCUUCAAGUUUAAGGGGAGAGCCCUAUGAAACUUCCCUAGCGAUUAGCAAUUUUUUUUGUAUAACAAGUUUUCUGAAAAUGUACGUUGGAAUAUACAACAAGGUAUUAUCUUAUACAAUAUGUGCUAAUAUGUGAUAUGAAUUAUAUAUGAACAACCCCCUCAGAGUAGAGAUAUGAAUGGAACUUGAACAUUUGGUGUACAUAUGUGAUAAAAAGGGCGGCUCUGGCGUAGUGGAGAGCAAGGUAGUUCUCCAAUCAGAGGGUCGGUGGUUCGAUACCCGGCUUCAGCAGUCGAUGUGUCCUUGGGCAAGACACUUAACCCCAAGUUGCUCCCGAAGGCUUGCCAUCGGUGUGGACUGGAUGAUGAAUGUUAGUUAGAGUCUGAUGGU